UCAACGGCAACUCACUUGCCAUUUAUUACACAACUUUUGACUUUUAAAUUUAAUUGCAAUUUGCAAUCACAAAAAUUCUUGUCCACUAAUUGCGCAACACGUACUUAUUGACGACUUAAUCAUAAUCAACAUUCAGUUUUUAAACGCUAUCAACAUUUCCAGAAUAAAGAAGAUGGACUUCAGGGUUGAGGGGACGGCGCCCAGCUUCUAUGUCAGUUGUUUGGAGGAUACGCACUUGGGGAGUGGCGAAGGCGAAAAGCAGCAGCGCGGCGACAAGCUUUUUUGUUCGACAAUGAUGGAAACCGAGGGUGGAGGUGGAGUAGGAGGCGGACGCGGAGGUGGAGGAGGGGAAAAUUGUGCCCAUGGUGGAUCCUGCUAUAUCUGCGCCCCAAUUCCGGAAGGAGUUGUUGCUCAAUUGGAAAAAGUGACCGGUCUGGACAAGACAAUGUCCCGAAAGGCUGCAUUCACUGUUCUGAAGUAUCUCAAGGAACACCGUCAUACAAGUGGUUUUCAGGAAGUAAUGAAAUACAUUCAGCCGGAUAUUUUCGAGGGACGAUACCGACCCUACGUUCCGGUGAAAAAUGUGAAGCAAGUUCUCCUCACUAGAGCUGGUUCAUUUGCUCUUGGUGGAUCAUCUGGGGGAUCAAUGAAUAACAAUGCGGCCAUUGCCAGUGGAGCCCUGCUCACGACCAAUAUGAAGUUGACCUCUGCCUUCGAAAUGUGUGAAAAAGAGGUGGAGGAUUUCGAAAAGCAAGAGGCCUUAAUUGCCAGCGAGGAUGUUAUCCGACAAGAAAGUCCAAUUACGACAAGCGAAGAGAUUAUCCGGCCAGAAAGUCCAAUUACGACAAGCGAAGAGGUUAUUCGGCCAGAAAGUCCAAUUACGACAAGCGAAGACGUUAUCCGACCGGAAAGUCCAAUUGCGAAAGAGGACGUUAUUCGGCAAGAAAUUCCAAUUGUUACGAGGGAGAACGUUAUCCGGAAAGGAAGCCCAAUUAAGACGAGCGGGGGUGCUAUUCGGCAUGAAAUUCCAGUUGCGAGCGAGGACGUUGUCCGACAAAAAAGAUCUUUCGUGAAAGACGGCACUACUCAGCAAGAAAGUUCAUUUAGGAGCUUGGGCGCUAUCCCACGAGAAAGUUCAAUCGCGAGUUUGGGCGCUACAAAGAAGAAAAGUUCAUUUAGGAGUUUGGGUGCUAUCCCAAGAGAGACCACGAAUUUGGGCGCUACCAGGCAGGAAAAUUCGUUUUGGAGCUUGGGCCCUAACCCACGAGAGAGUUCAACCGCAUGUUUGGGCGCUACCAGGAAGGAGAAUUCAUUUGUGAAUUUGGGCGCAAUCCCGCAAGCACUCUCUCUCUAUUCGAAAGAACAACAAUUGCUCGCCUUGCUCCGUUUCUUAUCCAGGCAGAACGGGGCAUGGGGAAUUUUCGAAGAGGAAUACUUCGUGCUAUCCCAUUUGUUCGAGCUCACACAACUUCUGACCGUGCUGGACUCUCCCUCCAUCAAGAGGAUUGCCCGCUGUGACCGGUACACCAAUGUGAAGGGACUUUGCCUCUAUUUUGCGCUGGAGAAGCGUUGGCUGAUUCGUUCCGAGUUGGUGAACGCAUUGGAAUUGCUCGCAGUGAAGGAUAAAAGCUCCACCAGCGUCAUGAUGAAGUCCGAUCUUCCCGCUGAUUUGGCCAAGGACAUUUAUCGAGAGUACAUGGACAGCAGCGGUGACCAGAGCAGGAUCCUGUCCUGUUGCAAUCUUCUCGUGACGCUUCUUCGGGGGGAAUGUAGCCUCCGGUUUGAUCAUUUUGAUCGGAUGGAUUCCAAAUUUGUGUUUGCCCUACUUCAAAUAAGCGAGGGACUGAUGCAAGCUGAAGUGGGGGACGAACUCCGAGACGCCGCGGUGGCAGUAAUUUUGGCGUACAAUACUCACUUUGAACCUGACGAUGAUAUACAGGUGAAUCACGUAGUGAGAGCUAUUUCUGGUCGGGAGGAAGAGGCCGAUUAUUUGAAACAGAAGAUGAUGCAUUUGCUCCUUAAUCGAGAAAUUGGACAUUUCAACAACAUGACCGUAUUUUACCCGUCUUCUUGGUGCGCCAUGGUGGUGAAAUUAGGAAUGGAUUUACUUUGCUCUCAGGAAACGAGCGGAUUCUUUAUGGAGAAUGAUCUCAACAUCUUCCUGGCCGGGUUGGGCGUUUACAUUCCUGAAAUUGAAAUUGGUGACGAAAAACGAACAAGCGCUCUCCGUCUCGCUCGCCUGAUCCUUUGUCGCCUGAACCAUCAACACCCCGGCCUGCGUCGAAUUCUUCAGGUGCUAAAAUGUGUGCUCACAGAAACUGAUGAGGUGUCUUUCACAGAUCAGAAGAUUGCUAGAAAAAUUGCACGUGACAUCGAAGGUGCCCGACUCCACACCACGUUCUAAACAAAUCUCAAAAUCUCUCUAUAGUGUUUGUUUUAAAAAUAAGCAAAUUUUUUGGUGUCAUAUUUUUACGUUGAGUUAACUCGACAUGAAUAAUUAUAUUUUUACAUGCAUCAUGAAGAAACUUUAUGAAAUAUAAACAAUGGUGAUGAUCAAUAUUUGGUUGAAUUUUAGUAACAAGAAUGCUAAGUUUUUUAAUAACGUUAUAUGCUCAUGAAAGUUGUGAAAUUGAUGCAAUUGUUGUAUUAGUUUUAGUAAUGAAACCGUGGAAUAAAUAUUAGUUGACUAAUAAUAAUAAAUAAAGAAUUGACCAAAC